GUGGGAGGCUCGAAUGGAAAAACUUCAUUGAAAGUUGCCUAAUCAGUGCGGUGGGUGUCGCCAUUCAGUCCUACGUAGGAGGCGAGUGAUCCGGCCAGUUUAGUUCACCAGAGGCGAUGCUCGGUUCCUGUCGUGUCGCAGCGAGGAGGUGGGGACGCCGCUGCCAAAGUUUAAUAUCAGUGAAGUCAACACAGCAGAUGUGCGACAGUUAAAUCGGUCCGCUUUGCGCUACCCCGCUGGUUGUGUGUUUUUUUUGUUACACGCUUCUGCUGCUGCUGCCGGUGCUCUCCUGUUCCCCCGAUGACUUCCUCUUUCUCGGCCUGGUUUUGGAGCGAUAGAUUCUGGCUUCCCGAAAAUGUUACAUGGGCGGACCUGGAACAUCCCCCACCUGGUGAGGAGUAUCCCCGGGCGGGAGACGUCCUGUACGCCCUGCCUCUGUCCGCCGGGGUGUUUCUCCUGAGGCUGCUGUUCGAGAGGCUGGUGGCCAAGCCCUGUGCCCACAUACUUCAGAUUCAGGCGGGAGUGCCUCGACAAGCUCUGCCCAACGCUGCCCUGGAGAGGCUGUAUCUGUCCAAAACGAAUCCAGACACAAGGCAACUGGAGGGUCUGGCCAAGCAGCUGGACUGGGAUGUACGGAAAAUACAGCGAUGGUUUCGCAUCCGCCGGAGCCAAGACAGGCCCAGUACGCAGACAAAGUUCUGUGAGAGCAUGUGGAGAUUUACAUUUUACUUGGGAAUUUUUAUCUAUUCCAUUCGCCAUUUGUGGGUGUCGCCGUGGAUGUGGAAUACCAGAAUAUGCUGGCACAAGUUUCCUUUUCAGGCGCUGAGCCCUGGACAGUACACCCACUAUAUAGCUGAGCUGGCUUUCUAUUGGUCGCUGAUGUUUUCCCAGUUCACAGACAUAAAACGCAAGGAUUUCAUGAUCAUGCUUGUCCACCACAUGGCCACCAUAAUCCUCAUCACCUUCUCCUAUGCCAACAACAUGCUAAGAGCUGGUACUUUGGUCAUGUGUGUGCACGAUGCAUCUGACGUCUUCCUUGAGGCAGCCAAGCUGGCUAACUAUGCCAAGUACCAGAGGCUAUGUGAUGGCCUGUUUGUGAUAUUCAGCAUAGUUUUCUUCAUCACUCGACUUGUCAUCUAUCCUUUCUGGAUUGUUAACAGUGUUCUGUUUGAGAGCUGGGAGAUCGGCGGGCCCUACCAGGCCUGGUGGCUGUUCAACGGGUUGCUGUUGGUCCUGCAGGCUCUUCACAUCAUCUGGUUCUACCUCAUUGCUCGUAUUGCCAUCAAAGCCAUAUUCAAGGGAAAGGUGUCAAAAGAUGACCGCAGUGACGUCGACAGCAGCUCAGAAGAAGAGAUGAAUUCCAGUUGCAGUAAAAGUCCGGCAGAGACCCUGAAUACAAAGGACAGCAGUCACACUGGGAACCUUAAUGGAGAAGCUUAUGACCACUGAGCACCAGGAGGAGGAUAUUUACUUCCAGUGUGGCUUUCACUCAGGCUCUGUGUGCCGGUGAGGCCCACCCUCCUCACUUGACCACCUUCUUUUUUUUUUCAAAUGGAGAGGACUGGAUACAGAUCGGAUUUUGCACGGUGUCCCUGUGUCAGGUUUACACUGUGUGAGGUUUACUCCUGCUUUGUGGUGACAGAGGCAGACGGAGACAUCUGUGUGGUCUGUCUGCACCUCGCUGUGUGUGUGUGUGUUUGUGUGUGUGUUCUCAAAGUUAGAAACUGCAGCAAGCGUGUGACACUUUGUUUUAUACAGAGACGGAUUUCAUUUAUGAAUUUGGUCAAAUAUAUUUUAUAGCUGUAAAUCAAAAUCACGCAAUAGUGUGUCUGUCUUAAUGAAGCCAAGAAAUAUCUCUUUAAAAUGCCAAAGUUGUCUUAAUAAACUUCACUGCAUCAAAUGAAUGUGUUGAAGGACUUCGCUCGACGCUGAAAUGACUACAACAAUGUUUAAUGUUAACUAUUAAUUAGUGCGUUGUGAUUAAAUGUCAUUAUUGUCUCGACUAAUCAAUUGGGCUAUAAAAUGUCAGAAAAGCAACCACAACGUCAGAAAAUAAAGAUAUUAACUUUCAAACACGCCACAGAGAGGGGUUGCCUCACAGCAUCCUGGUUCGAAUUCCGGUUCGACCAGUCCUGUGUGUCUUCCUUUGUCUGUGUGGGGUUUCUCCCACUUCCCCCCCUCAGUCAGAAGACAUGCAGAUUAUGAGUAUAGAUAAUUGAUGGAUGGACGGAUAAGAUAAUAUAAGACACAGACAAGCAACCGAUUCUCAGCCCCAGUGCUUCAGCUGUAAUAAUAUCAUCAUUCAGCAUUACAAUAUGUGACCCUGUAGCAUCGUGUGGAGAAUAGAUGGAAUAGUCCGUCUUCUUCAGUAUCUUAUUCUAUCGCACUCAUCCAUCAUCUCGAAAACGUCCUCUGAAAAGUCAUUGUACUUCAGGCUGAAAGAGUCAGAAAACAAAAUGAGGUUGUUAGAUUCUUGUUUAAAGAUUUUUUUUCUGGGCUUAAAGACUGUAUUUAACUUGCUGGCAGUAGUGACUUCUUGUGGUUAUGUCUUGUUUUGUCUGCAUUUGUUUGUUUGUGGUAGAAGGGUCAGGGAUGAAUCCAUUAAAUUGUGGUGUUGGUUCGGAUCAUGAGGAGAAUCCAGGACUUUUUUUUAUCAAUAUAACAUUGUGAGAUUGGACGUUAAAUAUUUCCUUUGAUUUCUCUGAAUAAUUCAUGGAUCUUGAUGGAAAAAAAAUCACAUGUUUAUGGGACUGAUAUUUAUGAGUGUUUGAAAUUUGCUAAGGAUUCAAAUAAAAAUCCAGUGAAUUUAAA